UAUCAGUCAAAACAAAAUUGUCUUUGCAAUCAGCUGUACUUGACGUUCUUUAGACGAAAAUCAAUCUCAUGUAAUUUCUUAUAAAAAUAUAAGUUUUUAGUAUUAAAUAUCAUAAUGUCAUUACGAAGAUCAGUUCUACGGUUUAUUAGUGUUCCAAAACCGUAUCAAAAAUUAUGUAGUGGAAGAAAUUAUAGCGCCCAAGCGGAACCAAAAAGUGACGGAGAAGAGAAAAGAAAAACACAUUUUGGAUUUGAAACAGUUAAUGAAGAUGAAAAAACUAAAAAAGUUUAUGAAGUAUUUGAAACUGUGGCAGAUAAAUAUGAUACGAUGAACGAUAUGAUGUCCUUUGGCAUACACAGAGUAUGGAAAGAUAUUUUCAUGAUGAGAUUUGCUCCGACACCGGGAACUAAACUCUUAGAUAUGGCUGGUGGUACAGGUGAUAUAACAUUUAGGUAUAUUAAUUAUUUAAGGAAUAGAAAAAAUGCAAUGGCAGAGAAGCACAGCAGCGUAACGGUGUGUGACAUCAACCAAAAUAUGUUGAAUGUGGGCAAAAAUCGAGCUGAAAAACUGGGCUAUCUUAAAGAUUCUCCAGUAGAAGUGGACUGGUUGUGUGCAGACGCUGAACAACUUACAAUGAUUCCUGAUGACUCAUACAAUGCCUACACUAUUGCAUUUGGCAUCAGAAAUUGUACGCAUAUUGAUAAGGUAUUGGAAGAAGCAUACCGUGUGCUUCAGCCCGGUGGACGCUUCAUGUGUUUGGAGUUCAGUCAGUUACCGAAUCCUGCUAUGCAAUGGUUGUAUGAUCAAUAUUCUUUCCAAGUAAUACCAGUAAUGGGCCAGCUAGUUGCUGGCCAGUGGAAACCGUAUCAGUAUCUCGUUGAAAGCAUUCGGCAGUUUCCAAAUCAGGAGAAAUUUAAAUCAAUGAUUGAGGAAGCUGGCUUCAGACAAGUGACAUACGAAAAUUUAACAUUUGGUGUAUGCGCUAUCCACUCAGGGUUUAAAAUAUAGUUUAUAUGAACUUUGUGGGUAGUUUCGGUGUAGUUGUAAAAUAAAACGAUUUUUUUUUU